GUACUGACACAAUUGUGAAAAAUUAUAAAGAUGCCAAGUCAACAAUAGGCAGAUAAAUAACAAAUAAUUGGGUACCUAGGUACCUACCAAACCUAUUUUCUUAGCCUAUAAUAUAGGCGCUUGUAUGUACUGCGCGCAGUCGGUAGCCUACAAUAGUGUUUAUCACUAUUGACGUCUAUUAUGUGGGGGUCCCAGCAUCCAAGCUGUCCCUCAUUCACAUAUCCGCAUAAAUUCCACGCAACCAAGCAGACCUCGGCUUCACCAAAACUAAACACCAAACCCAAACCCAAACCCAAGAUAUCGCUCGCAGCCCGACCUCCCGCCCCGACCUCUGACCUCAUUUGCUUCGGCCAUUUAUUCCAUAACAUGCAUCUGAAGUAGUCGAGAUUGCCGAUAUCAUCAGCAUGCCACCUCCGAAUACUCCAGAAGAAGGCGGCCAUUGGAAUCAUCCAUCUCCGCCAUCUUCUGGGCCGUCUCCCACCAGCUCACGGUCUUCCUCAACUAGCCAGAGACCAGCGCCUUUCCUUCACCACAUCAUUGACAUUGACUACCAGUCACUGGAGUACCAGGAUCCCCCCGACGAAACCCUUAUGUGCCCCAUCUGCCGCACCCCAUUCCACAAGCCCGUCACCACCAAGAAUUGUGGCCACACUUUCUGUGCUACCUGUCUCAGCCGCGCUGUUGAGAUCCAGCCUAUCUGCCCCAUCGACCGCCAGCCACUCACCUACCGCUCAGACGAGCUCUGCAACACCCUCCUCAUCACCAGCCAGCUUGACCGCCUCGAGGUGAAGUGCCCGAACAGAUCCUGCAAGCACGUAGCACCCAGGGGCUCGAUACCGUACCACUACGAACGAGAAUGUGAGCACACCAUGGUCAACUGCCCCGACCCGACCUGCUCAGACCAUGUCGCCCGCGGGGACGCCGGCCCAGAGAGAGGCUGUCUGCACCGCGACGUCCCUUGCCGCUACUGUAGCAAGAUGGUGCAGAUUGCCGGCCUUGAGGACCACUACGACCGAGACUGCAUUGGCCACACUGCCAAGUGCACGCACUGCAACGCAAUUGUGGUGAGACACAGGAUCCAAGCCCACCUGGCAUCAGACUGUCCCGAGGCAGAGAUAAGAUGCAAGUGGCGCCCAUUUGGGUGCACCCUGGCUACAAAGAGGAAGAUUGUGCGUGAGCAUGAGCGGAAUGGCUGUGUCUUUGAAGCCAUCGGAACCCUUGUUAAGGAGCGCCUGGAGGACCGCACCAUCAUCAACCAGCUGACAGACCGGCUGGCGACCAUGGAGACCCGCAUGCAGCAGAUGGAGCUGAGAAGCGAGAGGCGUGCAAGUCGCUCCUCCCCCGGCAUGCAGGGCUGGCCCCUAUUCCCUGGAGGAAGCACGGGAAUCCCAGACCUGAAUCUCAACAGUGGCCCUGGCAGCACACAUUCCUCGUCUUACCAGUUCGAGUCACCCGAUGACUACAUGCUGAACCAGUUUGAGCGCCUUGGGUCCAGCAUUGAGGUGCUGCGCAAGAAGCUCACUGAGGUGGAUGGCCGACACAGCAUGAUGCUGCUUGAAGAGACGCGGCCGCUGAAGGAGCAGAUGGCCGACCUGCGCAGCAACAUUGGCAUCUUUGGCAUGCACACUGCCUGGCUGAUGAAUGCCUGGCGGAGACAGAUGAGCGGACAGGGAGCUGGGCAGAAUGGUGCAUCUACUGGCGGUGGGGGUGGUGGGGGAGGCAGCGGGGGAGGUAGAGGCGAGGCUGACAAUGGGGAUGAACGCCAUCACUACCGCCCGUCUAGAAGGAUGAGUGAGAAUCGGGGAGAGCAUCGGGGCGAACACCGGAGCGAACACCCGCCUAGACUCUAGACUGGGGCCUGGACGGCUGCAUGAGGUUUGGCGAGGGUCUUGAUGCCUCUACCACACUAGCCAGGGGAUGCUUCUGCUGGAUUUUCUGCAUUUUUUCUUUCUCUCUGCUUUUCACACAAGUCCCUGCAUCUCUCUCCAAUGGAAGGGAUGAGCAGGAUUUUAAAGACUUGCUGGCAUUUUUACUGGCUUAUCAAGGGCGUUAACACGGUUGGGGGGGAUAGGUAACUAUCAAUUGCCUCAUGGGCACAGCAACGGUGGUGAAUGGGGUUUGCAUGAGGUCGGAUUCGGAUUGGGGUAAUGGCAGGACGGGGAUGAGAGCAUGAGGGCAUGAGAAUUGAUGAAAUGAUGACUCGAAGAACAAACGAAACGGCUUCUUCCCACACGAUCCCUGAUUUAGAGGGCUGAAAGGCGUUUGGCACAAGAUACCAAGAUAUGCUAGACAAAUGCGAUGAUUUUGUAUUCACAGAGUGCAGUGGAACACUGGCAGAACCGUGGGA